AUGGAAAACCAUAGAAGAAAUCUCAAAGAGAAGAACAUGGUUUCUCUCCAAUUCUACAACUCCCUUCUAAUUAUUGGCCUUUUAUAUUUCGGUUGCAGCACGACUCGGGUCGUGUUGUUAGCCGAAUGCUACACUACUUACAUGCCCUGCAAUGGCUCCAUAGCAGAGUGCCAUGAAGAAGGUGAGAUGUUUAUGGAGUCCGACAUAAGUAGAAGGAUUCUAGAAGAGAAGAGAUACAUCUCACCCGGGGCUUUAAGACGAGAUCAACCGGUUUGUAGAGGUGGUCAGGGAGGAGAAUCUUAUAGCAGAGCAGGAAACUGUCUUCCUCAGCAAUCUAAUCCUCCAGGAAGAGGGUGUGAAAAGUAUUAUAAGUGUAGAAAAGAUUAAUGAAUAAUCUAAGCUUUCAAUGGAUUCUGUAAACAUCUACACACACACACAUCGAGUUUACGAUUAGCUUUGCUUAAUACUAAUCUAUCUUUGUUCUCUAUACUUCUGUGAUUCAUGCUACUACUGUCAUCAGUUCUAAAAAAUUUCAAUGUUUUCAACAGAUUUUGAAGAA